AUGGCAGAUGUCUUGUCUCUUUUACGAGAAUAUCAUCUCAGUGGAAAGCCUAUUGUUGAAACACAAAGUGAAGUCAUAUUCGGAGACUUUGCUUGGCCUAAGACUACUAAAACGAACUUCCUAGUAUGGGGGUCUGGAAAGGAAGGUACUCCAAAAGACUAUUAUACGUUGGAUUGUGUUGUGCAUCUACUUAAGCAUAUUGAUUUGCCCCAUACUCAGUAUGUGCGACAAGCAGCAAGUGCUGGCCUUCCAGUUGUAAGACUUCCAGAUCGACGUGAUCUUUUAGCUUACCUGAAGGGUGAAACGACUACUGCACCAAAUAUUGAUAGAGCUGCGCCAGUAGACAUCUCUUUACGUCGGGCUGUAGCCAAGCAUGUUGAUACUCACAUGCAUAUCCGUAGAGAUGCAAGUGAUUUACUAGGUUCAGCAGAUGGUUUCAGUAUCGACGCUGAUUCCAAAAGGAUGCGACUUGCAAACAGCGUUGAAGGUCUGGAUGAAAGUCUAUUAGGUAGAGAGUCACAAGCUCGACUGAAAUCUGCAGUACUUGAUGAGGAGGCGAUAGCGCGCGACAAACGUGACUUAGCUGCUAAACUGGAGAACUCUUUUGGCAACCGUUCCUCCAGUUUUAUUCAACCUGACCAAGUUAAAUCGAGCACACUACCCGAAGCCGUCCCAUUAGACAAGAUUCAGUCUUGGCGGGCUAAAUUUCGUGCAAUUCAACAACAAAGAAUCAAGACAGGUGAUACAGACCAGGCACUGGAAGUUCCUGUAACGAAUUAUCCUGGUCAGGAAGGGGAUAUCGGUUUAUCAACUCUAUCAUCCUUAGAUGCUCGAGAUUCUCGGGUUGGCCUUCAUAGUAUUGUACCCGGAGGUGAAUCUCAGUCAAUUAUCCGUAUUGACGAUAGUACUCAUGGUCAGUUAUAUUCCGGUAGCACUUUACUCAGAGCUUCACUUAUGGCCGAUGAAGCACCAGUACGCGCAAUUGUAGCUCGUGAGCGUCGUUGGCGGACUCGUGUUUCAGUUUUGCAAAGUCAAGGCAAAACAUUCUAUGAAAACAUUGUUUUGGGGAUUUUGCGGAAUGUAAUUUUAAAAGAAGACUCCCAUGCUGCUCCCGAUGCAAAAGCUGUUGGAAAGUUUGGUUUUAUUUCUAACAACGCUCAACCAACUCUUUUUCCCCAACCAUUGGCUGUUGGGACUUACUAUUCUAAACCUAAUGGCACCACAAAUUAUACGAACACUGGAUCAGCUAUGGCACUAAGCACCGGGCAACAUAUGUCGGUCUCCAACUCCACUGCUCAACAUCACUCACAGAUGCAUUAUUCAAGAUAUGAUCAAGAGCGUUUUGCUGGUGGUCGUGAGGAGACUGCUGGUUUUCGUAUUGAUACUAUGGGUACAUAUCAUGGAAAGGCUUUGGCAUCAAUGGUUUCUGUUGGUACACCUAAAUCUAAUCAAGACAAUUCUGUUGCUAGUGCGAACCCUGUCUGUACUCCAGGAACUACCUCUAGAUCAAUGGGAAAUGAAACUCCAAGUAUUCCUUAUGAACCACAACCACUUAGAGACCCUCGCGGUAUCAGUUCUGGCAUUCCCUUGACACCCAGUACAACUCCUGAUCCAUAUCGUGGCUUACGUUCUACCGCUGAUGCACGCCUUUCUGCUAGAACGAAAAUGAGGUCAUCUCGUAUCCCGAUUAUCAUUAUUCCUGCAGCACCAACCAGUUUGAUUACAAUGUAUAAUGCUAGAGAUAUUUUAGAGGAUUUACGGUUCAUUAAAUCCCAGGAGAAACAGGCAUCCGGUAUGCGUCGAGAAAACGAGAUACUUAUUCAGCGUCAUAAAUCCGAUGGUCGAACAGUCCCUUAUCGUGUGGUUGAUCAACCAAAUAAAUUACUCUUAGAUGAAUGGAAUCGUGUCGUAGCUGUUUUUGUCCAAGGUCAAGCUUGGCAAUUUAAAGGUUGGCCAAUCAGCUCCGACCCAGCAGUAAUUUUUUCUCAAAUCAAAGGUUUUCAUUUGAAGUACACUAAUAUGCCAUUGGAUCCGAAUGUAGCCAAAUGGAAUGUACGUGUUAUUGAUCUGGAUCAACGGCGACAUCUAGACAAGGCAAAUUUUCAACAAAUUUGGGACCAAUUAGAUAAGCAUAUUGCUAGAAAUAAGCCAUUUUUACGGUCUUAG